AUGCCGGACCCGAACCCAGAUUUCUCCGCUCAAAUUCGAGAACUCCAACAACAGCUCGAGGCACUUCGGACAAGCGUUCCUGCGAACAGAGAUGAGACGCCGCGCACGCACACACGUGUUACCGUGCAUUUGCCAAAAUUCACACACAACAACCCGCACCUGUGGUUUGCUCAAGUGGAGCGAUCAUUCCGUUUGCACCACAUUGUCGACGACACUGACAAGUUCGACUUGGUGACACUGCAUUUGGAAGAAGAUGUGGUUUUGGCUGUGGAGGAUUUGGUCACUCGUCCACCGGCAGACAACAAAUACGCAGCAACCAAAACUCGCUUGCUGCAGAAGUUCGCUGAAUCGCCCGAGUCAAAACUGCGACGACUACUUCAAGGAGGAGGUGCCACCGGAUUAAAGCCUUCGGAAAUCUUGGCAAAUAUGCGACGCUUGGCCCCGGAUCCUGGCAGCGAAAACAUCAUUCAUACCCUAUUCCUGGCUGAGAUGCCAGCCUCCAUUCGUCCGCUGCUCACCGUAUGGGAUGAGUCGGACUUGGACAAGCUUGCGAAGAUUGCAGACAAAAUGCUCGAAGCCAUUAGCACGAACGCCUCGUUUGCCAUCAACACAUCUUCAACUGCUGUUCCUCCAGCAAAUCCGGCUAUCUGCGCAGUUGCCCCUGCAGAUCCUUUGAAAGAACUUUCUGACAAUUUACGUUCGCUCAUGCAAGAUGUCACGGCAUUGAAAAAGGAUGUCAAGCGCAUCCAAUCACACAACCGAUCACGCAGUUCAUCUCGUGGCGCCAGACCAGCAGACAAUUCCGGUCAACCGACUUCAGGAGCACAGGAAAAUCUUUGUUUUUACCACAAGCGCUUUGAGGAGCUGCCGCCUGACGCGCUGGUCAGCGGCAGCCAGGACAGCAGCAGCGAUCCACCAGUUCAGUCAGCUGUUCCACGGGAGCAGCGUUUGCACGUCACCGAUCGUACCUCCAACAUCAGAUACCUCAUCGAUUCUGGAUCUGUGGUUUCAGUUGUACCUCGCACGCUGGUUAAACAGAAAACCACCCAAGCCGAUCUGACGCUAUACGCAGCAAACCAGACCAUCAUUCACACCUAUGGUAGAUACAUAACUAAUCUGGACUUGGAUCUCAGACGCAACUUCACCUGGCCAUUCAUCAUUGCGGACGUACACACACCUAUAAUUGGAGCAGACUUUUUAGCCGAAUUCCAGCUUCUUAUUGAUCUCAAAAACAGAUGCCUUAUUGACUCGGUCACAGGACUGGAAUUUCUAAAUUUCGAGACCUUCUGCAAGAGUUUGUGGAAGUCACUAAACCGUCAACGAAGCAUACAAAGCAACAUGAUGUACAACACCAUAUCGAAACAUAAUGGGACCACCGUUUCUGACCGACCACGACGCUUAUCUGGAGAUAAACUUGCAACUGCGAAAAAGGAAAUCAACUUUCUGAUUGAGCAAGGCAUAUGUCGUCCCUCCAAAAGUCCUUGGUCCAGCCCACGCCACAUGGUCACCAAAAAAGACGGUGGCUGGAGGGCAUGCGGCGAUUAUCGUAAGCUCAACUCGAUUACGAUACCAGAUCGCUAUCCGAUUGCACACAUUCACGACUUCACCGAACAGCUACAUGGUGGGAAAGUCUUCUCAACGCUUGAUUUGGUAAAGGCGUACUACCAAAUUCCCAUGGCGGAAGAAGACAUCCAGAAGACGGCCACGUUCCAGCGUUUUAUGGACAACAUUUUUCGCGGCAUGGACUUCGUAUAUUGCUACAUAGACGAUAUACUUAUAACUUCGAAAUCGAUCGCCGAACACGAAGAACAUCUUCGAGCAGUGUUAUCAGUCCUGCAGAAACACGGGCUUAGCAUCAAUCUGAGCAAAUGUCAACUAGCGCAAACGCAAGUUAAUUUUCUCAGCUAUACGAUUAACGAACACGGCAUCAAACCACCGUCCAGUCGCAUCGAUGCCAUCCUCAAUUAUGCUCGUCCUGAAACUAUCAGCCAACUAGGCCGUUUCUUAGGCGUUAUAAACUACUAUCGAAGAUGCCUACCUCGAUCUUCGCACACUCAGGCACCGCUGUCCGCGCUGUUAAGAAAUGUAAAGAAGAACGACCAACGACAAAUCAUCUGGACUACAGAACUCAUCUGGUUUGUGACGCAUCGGACCUCGCAAUCGGAGCAGUUCUGGAACAACGCACUAGUCAUGACUGGCAACCUCUAG